ACACCACAACAACAACAACAACAACAUCAUCAGUCAAUUGUUCUUGUUAAGUAUUAGAUGCGAGCGAUGGAGAACUCUUCCUGUACGGAUUAUGCUAUGUGUGAAGCGGAGAAAGCAAUUGAUGAACUAAACACGAGGUUGGUUUUACCUGGAAACUAUUCUGAAGCAUCCUACUCCUUCACUCAAAGCCAAAGCGAGGGGAAUCCUCGGAAAAGAAAAACGGAUAUUACAGGUUCUCCUGAAGACCAGACUGAGGGUACACCAAGUAAUAGGAGUAGUACAGAGAUGGACGAGAGCAAGACUCAGCCGUUUAAAAGAAAAAUCGACCAUUUUCGAACAGCAAAAUUUAACGGACGCUACAAGGUGGAAAAUUUGCUGGGAAGAGGAUGCUACGGCCGUGUCUACAACGCUGUCCGGAAAACAGAUGGGAAAAAGGUGGCCAUUAAAUGUGUGUUAAAAUUCAGAAAUGAAUCGUACAUCACAAUACCCGGUCACAGGUGCAGGCUCCCUCGUGAAGCGGCACUAUUAGAGCUUGUGUGCAAGCCGCCUCGCUGUCCAUACGUGAUAGAGCUGCUCGAAUGGUUUGAGUUGGACUCAUUCAUCAUCUUGGUCCUCAAGCGGCCUGACCCCUGCAUCAACCUCUAUAAUUUCCGUCAAAAUUUAGUUGGAGGUUUAACGGAGGAGCAGGUUCAAAUGAUCAUGAAGCAAACAGUUGAAGUUGCACUUCACUGCCGUGAGCGAGGUGUCUUCCAUCGUGACAUCAAAGAAGAAAACAUUCUUGUGAACCCUGAUACUCUUCACGUGAAACUAAUUGAUUUCGGGUGUGCUGACUUGUAUAAGGAAACCCCCUAUACAGAAUUUGCAGGCACUCCACUUUACAUCCCCCCUGAAUGGACCUCCAACGGUACGUACAUGGCGGAAUCGGGCACCGUCUGGGGUCUUGGCAUACUCAUGUACUCCCUGUUAUGUGGGACACGACCGGAUUAUAUUCCUGAAGACUAUUCUGAUUUGAACAUCCCUGAUUAUCUGUCUGAAAAUUCUCGCAACCUGUUAAUGUGGUGUCUAAAAAAGAAACCUGAGGAACGACCAACGUUGCAGCAGAUCCUAGCACAUAAAUGGUUUUGAGGCCAGGGUUUACCAAGGUGGAUGAGAAUCUCUUCAGUACCUUCAUGACGUGGGAACUACAACAGCAGAUCUGAGUAUUUCUUUCAGUUCUAGUAGAACCUCGAAUAUUUGAGCACAGAAAUAAAGAGAUGAUCAAACCCAGUGUGGAGAAUGACUGAUAAAUGCAUAGAUGUAACCAUGCUACUGG